GAUGCAUUCAUGGUUGACGAAUUACUCUCUAAUUUUAAUUCACAUGACAGAUUAUAUUUCAAGAACAUUAUACACCGACAGAAUUAAUUGUUCACUUCAUAAACAUGUCAAAUGUAUGGAAUAAAAACAUUUACCGCCAAGAACAAGAAGCAUUUGUUUCUGGUCAUGGUGGGACAACAUCCAGAGAAGUUAUAUAUGCAAUCAUGCCGAACAUUUGUAGCAUUCUUUUAACUACUACUACAAUGGGUCUCUUAGGAAGGGUUAUUCAUAAAAAUAUUAGAGUUGUGCUAGAAUUUGCAUUAAUUGUAAUCCCAUCUAUUUUAUGCUGUACAAUAUUAUCCGAGUAUAUUAUAACAGUGUGUUGUGCUAUGAUGGUGAUAUCUAUUAUCAAUAUUUUAUUACUGGGACUUAAUUCGAAUACUUUAUCAACUUAUAAUAUAAAGUCUGCUUGUGGUAAAAGACCUUUCAUUACAAACUUCAGAGCAUUAAUUAGUAUAAUAACAGCAAUAUGUAUAUUAGCCAUAGACUUUCACAUUUUCCCCCGCAAAUUUGCUAAAACAGAGGUGUUUGGUUAUAGUUUAAUGGAUACCGGUGUUGGAUUAUUUAUAUUAGCUAAUGCUUUAGUAGCUCCAGAAGCCAAAGACUUUGCUCCUAGAUCCAGAAUAGGUUUCUUCCUUACUAUAUCGAGAAACAUAAAACAUUCAGCAAGAAGUUGCAUUCCACUUCUGAUUCUAGGUUUCGGUCGGUCUGUUGCCAUUGAGGUAUUAGGAUAUCAAAAGCACGUAACUGAAUAUGGCAUUCACUGGAACUUUUUCAUAACCCUUGCUUUUGUGAAAUUAUUUACUAGUUCUAUAACAAGCACCAUCAAUUCAAAGUAUUCACUAUUAUCAGGGAUCUGGAUUCUAGGAAUGCACGAAUAUAUUUUAAGUACCAAAGGGCUGAAAGAAUGGGUGUUAAGCAAUAGACCUAGGAAUGAUUUUGUAUCUGCUAAUCGGGAGGGAGUGGUGUCUGUGCCUGGAUACGUUGGCUUGUACUUGAUAGGUGUAGCAGUUGGUAGAUUAAUUCACUCCACUUAUCAGAAUUCAUACGCACAAAAUUCACUGCAACACAGACACAAAACAUUUCACAUUAAACUGUUUGGAUACGAGUUUGACGCGAGUUACAACGAAUCAAUGAUUCUGUGCAUUAAAUUGUCCUUGAUAUCAGCUCAAACUUGUGCAGCCACCUUAUUCUGUGAUUCAUAUUUUCGUGUAUCGAGGCGAUUAGCAAAUGCGGGAUAUUGCAUGUGGAUACUUACCCUGGGCGUUAUGAUACUUACAUUACUGUUACUCAUAGAAAUACUUUCUGAUAUACUAAUUCAUGCAACCACAGACACAGAACACACCGAAAGGAGGACGAGAACCCACAGAAUGAACGUAAAAAGCAAACGAGAAAGCGUGUCUGACGGUAACGAGAGAAACGUGAUUAAAAAUACCAUCGAAAUAUUCGAAGCUGUUAAUUACAACGGUUUACUCUUCUUUCUGUUAUCAAAUUUAACGACCGGCGGUAUUAACAUGUUAGUACGUACGUUACACGUUAAUCAGUUAAGAGCUUUGCAAAUAUUGAUCGCAUACAUGGCUGUAAAUAUAACAUCGGUUUUAUUAUUAUAUAGAAAACAGGUACAAAUUAAGUUAUAAAAAUUCCUUGUACCGAUUGCACCUCGCCCGGGUGUGCAAUCUUUUUUACAUUGUAACACGUAUGUAUACAAGUGAGAUUAAAUCCACGCAUCGAUUUAAUAUAUAUUUCCAC